AUGAAUUCUCAUCCGCCCGAGUACUACGCCGAGGACCGGGGUGCAAAGCUCAUCGCCAUCGCCUGCACCUUUACCGUCGUCACCACGGUGGCUGUUGCGCUGCAGUUUUAUGCAAAACGUUAUUCUGCUCCUCGAUUCGACACGUACGACUUUUUUCUCAUUGGCGGCUACGUGCUGAACCUGGUUGCGUGCGCCAUGGCUAUUGAUAUAUACAUAUAA